AUGAAUCGCCUGGUGGCAGUUCUUCACUUUCUCACCGGCCUAUAUUUACCUCUGUUUACAACACCGAUCCUCAGCUCACAGACCACCAAGAUGGACGUACUCGAGACCAACAAAGCGUUUGAAGACGUCGGCGGAGAGUACCAAUUCAUGGGCACUCUCGUAGUCCAUCGAGAUGAUGGCGGUAUACCACGGAUUUUUGAAAGCUCGCUAUACGACACCAUUAGAGUUCAGGCGAGAGCAUCCUUCUCACAAGUUCUAAUUCCUGUCUCUGCCUAUAUGCCUCUCUUUCCCAGUAGUUAUUCCAGAGCUCCUGAUCCUCUACCGAGCAAUAUCUUUGUCAAGCAGCCUUCGUUGAUCUCCUACGAUCGAUAUCAUCAGGAGCCUCAAACAAAUUGCAUUGCAGACGGCGUGCUCAGAGAGGCAGCCAAUUUGCGAGCUUCUUCGACAAAACCCACAUUCCAAUAUUGCUGA